CUGGCUUAUACAUAUUUUACUUCGAACAAUAGCUGUUGUCUUUACUUUUAAGGUUAUGUUUCCCAGAGUAUGCAUUUCAGUAGCCAAAAAAUCGUUGCAACUCAAUAACUUAAUAAUUGUUAAUUGAAAAAACUAUGAGUAAUUAAUAUUGAAGUUAAAUCUUUUUUACGAGUCAACAAUUAAUUUAAAAUGAAUAAUCUAGUAAGGUUAUGUCCAUACAUAAGGCGGUUCAGUAUUCGUCGCCUGCAUACUGAAAAGUAUAUACUAGAUGCUGAAAACAGACAAUUGUAUGAAGAUAUUUUUCCUGAUAUCCAUAUAGACGAUAUAAAGAAAUUAUGGAACAAACCUCCGCAAUGCGUCUACGCAGGAUUCGAUCCAACUGCAGAAAGUUUGCACAUAGGAAAUUUACUUGUCUUAAUGAAUCUUCUACAUUGGCAACGUCGCGGCCACCAAGUAAUUAUUCUGUUAGGAGGUGCAACAGGCUUAAUUGGUGAUCCAAGUUUUAGAAAAUCAGAACGUGUUGAAAUAGAGAAUGUUGUGCUUCAAGAAAAUCUGCUAUCCAUAAAAAAUGAUAUAGAAAAGGUCUUUAAGAAUCAUGAAACAUAUUUUUAUACAAGCAAACAGAGAUUAUUACCUCCAAUAAUACAUAACAAUUUAGAGUGGUACAAAGAUUUGAAUAUAAUUUCAUUUAUCAGAGAGAAUGGAAAGUAUUUUAGAAUGGGCACAAUGCUUAAUCGGACCUCUGUGCAGUCUAGAUUACAAUCUGAUAGCGGUAUGAGCUUUACGGAAUUCAGUUAUCCUCUCUUUCAAGGAUACGAUUGGUUGCAUUUAAAGCGUACAUAUAAUUGCAAUUUUCAAAUUGGGGGUCAAGAUCAAAUGGGAAAUAUAAUGUCUGGGUAUGAUCUAGUAACUAAAUCCGUUAAAAAGCAAGUUUAUGGAUUAACAUUGCCAUUGGUCACAGCCGAAGGUGGGAAAAAGUUUGGGAAGUCUACUGGCAAUGCAGUUUGGCUUUCUCCUUCAAAAUCCUCUAGUUUUCAGCUAUAUCAGUACUUUGUUAGAGCAGAAGAUGCCGAUGUGGAGAAACUUCUACAUCUCUUUACAUUUAUGCCCUUAUCUAAAAUAAAAGUUAUUGUAAAAAAUCAUUUUAAAAAUCCAGAUUUAAGAAUAGCACAAAAAAUUCUUGCAGAAAAUGUUACAUUAUUGGUUCAUGGUGAAGAGGGAGUAAUUUCAGCAAAAAAAACAUCUGCUAUGCUUUAUGAUAGGUCUAUUGAAGCACUGUCAAAGCUAAGUCCAAAUGAAUUGUCACAGUUGCUAGAAGGCGCUCCCUUAGUAGACAUCCUCUCUGAAACUAGCCUUAGCGUUUAUGAUUUAGCAAUGAAAGCAAACUGUUUUAAGACCGAACACGAUGCAAGAAGAAUUAUCUCAGCUGGUGGUUUUUAUAUUAAUUAUCAAAAAAUCACAAAUGCAGAGGAAAUUCUUGUACCUGGAAUACAUAUUUUGAGCAACAAUGUGACAUUACUUAGAGUCGGAAAAAAGAAUUAUUAUGUUGUACGGUGGGUUUAAAAUGAACAUAAAGGUUACUGAAAUCUACUGUGACAUUCACAUCAAAUAAUUUCAGUUUGUAAGUAUUAAAAAUAAAACCGUUCAGCUGGUCAACUUUUUUACAUUGUAUUUGUAGAUAAAAUUGCAAAAUGAAAUCUGAUUUAUCUUAUUUAUUGUUAAUCAUUAAUAUUAACCCUUUGCAUAUUAAUUCAUUGAUAACAUCGUCAGUUCCUAAGCUGUUUGUAUGUUCCUUCAGGAAGUGUAGAAUGAUAUACUUUAAAAUGCAGAAUAGACUUUAUGGAGAUACCCGA